AUGGUUGAAGUUCUUUACUCACUUGUGAAUGUUAAUCGACGAUUUGAUCGUUUAGCACUUAAUUGUCUUUAUAUUAAUAAUCUUAAUAUGAUUGAUACUAUGACCAUCAAUUCAUUCUAUGAGCAACCAUGUUCAAUAGAUGCUCAAGUUAUUUCAAAAGUUUCUGACAAAAUCCUACCUCGAAUUCAUUCACAAGUACAUAAACUCACUAUUGAAGAGUUUUCAAUUAAACCAAUUCUUCUUGCUGCCAAUUAUCCUCAACUUUAUUCAUCAUCACUUAUUAAUUUUCAAGAAGAAAUGCUUUAUCAACAUUUAACAGGUACUGCAUUUAAUUCUAUUCAUGAUGUAAUUCUUCGUAAUCUUCUUACCAAACAAAUAACACAUCUUAAUAUUGAUAUUAAAAAGACAAUAAGACAAAGAACAAAAAUAGUUUCAAAGAUUUUUGCAUUAAUCUUAUCCUUAUGUAAAAACUUAACUGUUUUAAAUUUUUGUGAUAUGCUUCCAACACGAAGGUGUCUACGUCCUAUUUGUUAUCUACCAUCAACAAAUUGUAUGUCUUUAACUUUAGUCAAAUUGACAAUCACUGUUUCCUGUUCAUUGGAUUGUCUUUAUUUGUCUGAUGGUCAUCUCGAUUCUUUAUCAACAUUAAUUAUUAAUAUAUCAUAUAUUUUUGGUCCAAAAAUACCUAAAGAUUCACAAAAAAAGCUUCUUAAAUUAAAAUGUUUUUCAUUAUCUUCACCUAAGAUCACAGUUGAUUAUGAUGAUCUAAUUGUUCCAUUGCUCAGUCAAAUGGUAAAUCUUGAAGAAUUGAAAUUAUAUCUAUUAGUACAAAGAUUUGACUCAACUUAUAUUGAUGGUAUUCAAUUAUGUGAUCAAUUUCUUGUUUAUAUGACACAAUUAAAGAAAUUUACAUUUAAUAUCAAGACAAAUGUCUCUAACAUUUUUAGAGUUAAACUUCCAUCGAAUGAAGAUAUUCAACAUAGUUUCAUUGGAAGAGGUUAUCAACAAGUUACUUCAUAUGUUCAUAAUGAUUCAAUGGAGAACAAAGGCAAAUGCUUGAUCUAUUCAGUUCCAUAUGAAUUCGAUUAUUUUUUUGACUUGGACAAUUCUUUUCAAGGUGGCAUAUUUCAUAAAGUGCGAUAUUUGACGAUGGAUGAUACAGUUCCUUUUGAACAUAAAUUAUUUAAUGUUAUCUCUGAAGAUUUUCCUUUUCUAGAAUUCUUACGUAUAUGUAAUCAUUAUUCACCAAAAACCAAAGAACAUUCAUUAACAUUAAUUACAUUUCCUUAUCUCACACUGCUUGAUCUACAAGAUGCACAUGAUGACUAUGCUGAACUAUUUCUCUUGAAAAAAAAUGUUCAUUUACCACGUUUGUUAAAUCUCUCCGUGCAAUACAAAUCACUCAUAACAAUAACAAACAAUUUUACCAAUGAUGCAAUGGAUCUUAAUUCCAGUAAAUUGAAAAGUCUAUGUGUAUGUCAACCAUUUGUUAGUCCAGAAAAUUUCCAUGAAUAUUUUCCUUUGUUAUAA